AUGACCUCCGCUCGCCUCAACUUUCAAAGCUGCUCCGGCGCGCGCGCCGAGAAGACCCAGCGGGCUCAUGGGGACACGGGGUUCGCACCAACCAAUUACCGCGCCCCGCCGGCCCGUCCGCUGGCCAAUCAGCAGGGCCUUCCGCCGCAUGCGCAAAGGAUCCGGAAGGAAGCCGUGGUCGCCAUGUCAACUGAGGGAAAGCCGAGCGGCCUUCUCCCGGCGCGCAUGCGCAGCGCGCACUCCGCCGGAGGCGAGGCGGCCGAGCAGGCGGACAGCAGGAAGCGGGCCGAGCACAAGACGGAGGAUGGGAAGAAGGACAAGUACUUCCUCUUCUACGACGGGGAGACGGUGUCCGGGAAGGUGAGCCUGGCGCUCAAGAACCCCAACAAGCGGCUGGAGCACCAGGGCAUCAAGGUCGAGUUCAUCGGGCAGAUUGAACUCUACUACGACCGCGGGAACCACCACGAGUUCGUGUCCCUGGUGAAGGACCUGGCCCGGCCCGGAGAGGUCACCCAGUCGCAGGCCUUCGACUUUGAGUUCACCCACGUGGAGAAGCCCUAUGAGUCCUACACUGGGCAGAACGUGAAGCUGCGGUAUUUCCUUCGCGCCACCAUCAGCCGCCGCCUCAACGAUGUUGUCAAGGAGAUGGACAUCGUGGUCCACACGCUGAGCACGUACCCGGAGCUGAACUCCUCCAUCAAGAUGGAGGUUGGGAUCGAGGACUGUCUGCACAUCGAGUUUGAGUACAACAAAUCCAAGUACCACUUGAAAGAUGUCAUUGUGGGGAAGAUCUACUUCCUGCUGGUGAGGAUCAAGAUCAAGCACAUGGAGAUAGACAUCAUCAAGCGGGAAACGACAGGCACGGGCCCCAAUGUGUACCACGAGAACGACACCAUUGCCAAGUACGAGAUCAUGGACGGCGCGCCCGUGAGAGGAGAGUCCAUCCCCAUCCGCCUCUUCCUGGCGGGCUACGAGCUCACGCCCACCAUGCGGGACAUCAACAAGAAGUUCUCUGUGCGCUACUACCUCAACCUGGUGCUCAUCGACGAGGAGGAGCGGCGCUACUUCAAGCAGCAGGUGAGCCGGCCGCCCCGACAGAGCCAGAGGGCGUCCAUGUCCCACCAGGCAGCCAUCGCCUCGCAGCGCUUCGAGGGCACAGCCCCCCUGGGGGAGGCGCGGACCCCCGGCCAGCUGUCCGACGGCAGCAGCAGACAGUAG